GGGCCUUAACGAGAACACGACUCGCCUUGUUGUGUGUAUUCCCGUGCUCGCAUCGCCAUCUUGUUGCAAUCCUAUUUUUUACGUAUGCGAGGAUCUACUUUGCGUUCGCCCGGAUUAAAAAUUGACCGUCUGCUUUCAGGAGAAACGCAGCGGACGAGGAGCUCGGGCCUGCGGGUGUGAACCGUGCACACGGCGCUUCCUACCGGGACACUAUCUACCCCCCCUCGGUCUUUUUCCUCCUUUCGUCCCGGGCCACCGGGUCGCCUGCCGUGAGGGUUUACGCGCAAUGAGCAUCGAUACACUUUUGGAGGCGGCCAGAUAUCUGGAAUGGCAAGCCCAGCAACAACAGAUCACACGUGAGGAGGAGCAGCGCAACGACAAGGAGCUCCUCAAAAGGGAGGAGGAGUCAAGGCGAGUGGAACUUGUGACCUCGUCGUCUCAGCCAGUCAGAGCCAACCACGUCACUUGGGGCGAUGACGCUCACCGCCAACAGUCGCAUCACCUUCCCGCCCCUCCGCCCCCCUCUCUCCCACCUCCUCAAGUCCCCAUCGCUGUCAUCCCAAUGGUUCCAGUUGUCACCGCGACGCCCUCGGUCCCACGCCUUCCCCUCACAACGCAGAUUGCUGCGGCGGCAACUUCCCUCAACGGCUCGCCACCAGCCAAGAACGCUUCCUCCCCUCCACAGCAGCAGCAGCCGGCCUCUCCUCACUUGUUGUGCACCCCCCAGAUAAAGGUAGAGACUGCCCAACUAAAGGUAGAGACUGCCCAGGUUAAGUUGGAGACUACCCCGAUUAAGGUAGAAACUGCCCCCAUUAAGUUAGAGACUAGUCCGCAGCUGAUUGAUGCAAAGCCCAGCCAAUCACAGCCUCAGGUUCAGAUUCAGUACUCAACCUCCAUCAGCACUAAUGGCUCUGGCUCUCAACAUGCACUGGUUCCCCAUCAAGCUCCACCUUCAUCUCAGCCGCGGCCUAAUGGAGUGACGAUGGAGGACCUGAGGGGGAUGGAAGGAAAGAGGAGACCAGGAGGAGCGGGGACUAGAGAGGUGCAUAAUAAACUGGAGAAGAACAGACGAGCGCACCUCAAAGAGUGUUUUGAGACGCUGAAGAAGAACGUUCCAAAUGUCGAUGAGAAGAAAACCUCCAACCUCAGUGUUCUCCGCAGUGCUUUGCGUUACAUACAGACUCUGAAGCGUAAGGAGAAGGAGUUUGAGCACGAGAUGGAGCGUUUGGCCAGAGAGAAGAUCGCCACACAGCAGCGGCUGGCUGAGCUUAAGAACGAGCUCAGCCAGUGCAUGGACGCCAUCGAGAUCGACAGAGUCCUCCGACAGACCAUCCAGCCGGAGGACGACCAGGCCUCCACGUCCACAGCCUCAGAAGGAGAAGACAACUUUGAGCAGGACAUUGACGAGGAUGUUCCCGCUCCCCCUGCUACCACGUCCCUCCCCAAACCAACACCUCCCAUCUUACAAGCCCAGCCGCUCCUCACCCCCCACCUAUCAAUCCAGCACGCCACCCUGCCUCUCUCUGGAGUCCUGACCACGCCCUCCCCCUCUGCUCCCCCUCAAGCCAUCGCGCCUGCUCCGGCUCCAGGUCCGCCCCCUCCGCAGCCUUCCCAUGCCAUUCAGCAGCCAGCAAUGCAGGUCCAGCCCACCGUCAUUGCUCAUGCCGCCGUCUCCCACCCUUCAGUCAUCCAGGCUGUCAAUCACGGCCUUCCAGCUAAUCACCUCAAACACCUAACGCACAUCGCCCCAUCACCCGGCCCCACCACCUCCAUUCCCCAGCCAAUUGCAGCAGCACCAGCUGCCGCCACUCACCAGCCGAUAGCCGCCCAGCCCAUCGGACACAUCACCGUCCACCCGGUGGCUCACCUUGGAGGUCCACUGCCAUCCCACCUCCCGACUCUCUACCCCCAGGGCGUGUCUGUCUCCCAGCCCACCAUGGUGGGCCACAUCACCCACACUUUCGCCCAUCACACCUUGCCGCACGUCCAGGCGAAUCCUCAAGCUAACACUAAUGGAGCCCAGGUGAACAGCGCAGCCAUGAUCAGCCAGGGCAGCCCGUCGUUAGGAAAGCCCACAGCAGUGCUGGCCCCCCACCCCCAGCUGGUUGGACAGGCUGCCGUCCUCAACCCUGUCACCAUGGUUACAGUCCCAACGUUCCCUGUCAGUACACUCAAACUGGCCUGAAAGAGUAAAAAAAAAAAAGUGGGACGGAUGGAAUUCAGUUGAAGGAGAGAAAGAUUCAGAACUUGGAUGAGUUUAUACACUCCUAUCAAUAAUCAAUAGCAGAGAGUCUCUGAUCGACACCUGAAAAUUUACAAAACAUCAACUGUUGUUUUGGACAACAGCUCUGUUAGUUUGUGAACAAUAACGUGAAAGCGGAGUCAGUGGGUCAGGCCAUUGUUCGUGAAAAUAAGACUGUGACAUUUGUCUGCGCUGCAAAGACAGGAACUCUGUUUUACCUUCCUUCCUUGCCUUCUUCCCUCCUUCCUCUCCUUCCUUCCUUCCUCCUCUCCUUCCUUUACAACCAGAAGCACUAACAUAAUAAGCUCAGUUCACACUCAGGCAUCAAGGACUUACCUUAACGAUUCAUUAACUCAUAGAGGGAAAACGCACGAGAGAAAGAGAGAGUUGUUUGUCGUUCGGCUGUUGCCAUGGUGAUACAGUAUGUGCCCGUUUUUGUAUUCAUAAUCAUGAUGUCACAUGGGACCUUGUGGUGGAAUAAUGUCACUGAUGUGGUUGAGAGCAGGAGGAGGGAGCUUGGUCGUCUCACUGAUCUGAAUCAGUUACAGACUGGCGUGAUCGAGUGUGACGUAGACCACAUUACAUCGUCAGCUCAAGAGUCUCAGUUUCUGAUGCAGUUCUUUAUUGUUUGACGUCAGGAAACUGUACCAUGACAGGAAAGUUACUAAUUUAUAUUUCCGUCAUUUUUUACUUUUGCUUUUGUUUUCGAUUUUACUCCAUCAAGUGAUUGUUUGGCCAUCUAUCUACCUUUAAAUGAAGGUUCCUCACUGCUGCACCUGCCACCUCACACCUCACACCUUGCAGA